UUUCCCCAGUUGGCCGCACCAUUCUAAAGUGCGCGUGGCCGGGUCCUCUGCAGCAGGCUCCCCUGCAAGCAGAAUACUGAUGGCACAUUCUCCACCAGGAGGUGUUUCUAAGGCAGACGAGAUGCGCAGCACCGCACGCCGCCGUGUGCACCUGUUCUCCGCUCUCCGUGGCUGAGAAGAGAGAGAGAGAGCGGUGCCGUUGCUGUGACAGACAGACAGAAGAUAAAAAAAAACCCGCAUAGGCUGCUUUUACUUCGGAAGCGCGAUGCAGCGAGGAGCACAGGGAGCCUGCCGCAUUAACAGUCGCGCGCGCGCGAAAUCGUGAGAUGAGCGGACGAGGCUCCGUCUAUUCAUGCGGCACUCCUGAAUCCCGUUCGGAAUUGUGGAGGCGCCAGAAUGCGAUCGAUGGUCGUUGUCGCUGCCGUGUGGUGAAAACUGGGUUCCUCGGGAGAAGAAGAAAAAACAUUACAAAGGCCGAUCGCGUUUUUUGGACAAAGAGGCUCGCUUUACUCGCUGUCACGUCCUCUGGAUGGACGUGAAAUAUUGACCUGCGUUAAUAAAUCGGAAACCCCUUUACCAUCAUCCAAACAACGCGUUUGGGUAUAUUUACAACAACAACAAUUUCGGAAAUUCUCGACGCCAGGGCAUUUAUUUCUCUUCAGUCAUUAGGGGGAGGGGGCUGGUGGUGGGGGGAGGAAACAAACUGAAGCCGGGAGAAGAAUAAGCGGCGAUCGCGCGAGAGAGAGGAGGAGAGGGGGCGGGUGUCGAGUUCGCCGAGCGCUGUCCGUGGUUCUGAAACUCCAAUUACGUCUCGAGUUUGUCAACCCAGCGAGCGAGCGCGCGCGCCGUGUGGGCUCGAGAUUAGCGGUGCGGGGGGGGGGGGGUCAGCGUUCCAUUCCAAGGCGGAGGAGCGGGCACUGUUCGGCCCCUUUGGCUGGGGGAUGACAACUGAAUCGACGGCGGAGUCUGCCGCGUGGAAUAUAAUAGGUUCAUGAGAAGAGGAAGAGAGGUUGGGCCGAGAGCAAGCAUGGAGCUCAAAUUCCCGUACAGGAAGACGGACUCAAAACGCCUGCGCAGAUAAUUUAGGCCGAAAUUUUGCGCAUCUUUAUCGGUGUCCAGAGGAGGUCUUUCCUUUGCCCAUCCUCGAAGGGAAAGCACAUCGUCCUGCGCUCUUCCGGCGUGUUGAUGGCACCGUGCUGCUUUAGCAUGGGCACUCGCGACCUCGUCGGAUGCCUCCUCCACCUCCUCCUCCUCACCCAGCUGCUACUGCUGCCGCCGCCGGUAGCGGAGAGCGCAGCGGGGGACCCCGCCGCUAAAGGGAGCGACCACCCCGUGGUGAAUGUCGCGGUGGUGUUCGGGGGUACCUCGUACCUCCUUUUCACCAAGGGCGCCGCCGACAGGAAGGAGCUGCCGAGCCUGCCCAUCUCGGUCAACGUCAUCACGUCGGUCAUCAACGACACGAACCCCGUGAGCAUCAUGGUGGAGCUGUGCGACCUCAUCGCCCGCAAGAAGGUGCACGGGAUCCUGUUCGGAGAUGACACCCACCAGGAGGCCAUCGGCCAAGUCCUGGAUGUCUUCUCCUCCCAGACGGCCAUCCCCAUCCUGGGCAUCUACGGAGGGUCGUCGGUGGUCAUGAGCAACAAGGAGAAAGGGUCGCUGUUCAUGCAGUUCGGAGCAUCAUUGCAUCAGCAGGCGCGUGUCAUCAUGAAGCUCAUGGAGGAGUACGACUGGAAUCAGUUCAGCAUCGUCACGAGCCUCCGCCCGGGGCACGUGGACUUCGUGAGCAGCCUGCGCAGCAUCAUUGACAACAGCUUCGUGGGCUGGGACAUCCAAGCGAUCAUCACGGUCGACAUGAAGGGCGACGAUGAGGCCAAGAUUGAAACCUUGCUAAAGAAGGUCACCACCAAGGUGAAUCUCCUGUACUGCUCUCGCCUGGAGGCCAUGCACCUAUUUGGCAUCGCGGAGCGUGUGGGACUCACCGCACCUGGCACCGUGUGGGUUGCUCCCGGCCUCAGCUACGGAGACGAAGAUGAAGUUCCCAAGAAGUUCCCCGUGGGCCUGCUGUCUGUCUCCUUCGACGUGUGGGAUUACGACUUCUUGCUGCGCGUGAGGGACGGCGUCGCCAUCAUCGCAUCGGCUGUCUACAACUCGUUUCUGGAAUACGGACACAUACCCGAAACCGCGACGAGCUGCGACAAUCUGGACGAGGGGAGGAGGCGGCAGAACAACGUCACGAGGUUUCUGAAAAACGUGCAUUGGAAUGGACAAGAUUUCUCCUUCAAAAGCAAUGGGUACCUGGCGAGGCCGACCAUGGUGGUGAAAGUGGUGAACAAGAGGAGGCUCUGGCAGAAGGUCGGCAAGUGGGAGAACGGGCUGAUGAUGCUCAAGUACCCAAUAUGGCCACGCUACGAGUUCUCGUCGUCGACCAUCAAGGACGAGCGGCACCUGAGCAUCGUGACGCUGGAGGAGCGCCCCUUCGUCAUCGUGGAGAACGUGGAUGCGCUCACGGGCACCUGCAUGCGCAGCACGGUCGCCUGCCGCCAGGAGAUCAACAUGACCGACACUUCGGGGGACAAGAGCCCCUACGUGAAGCGCUGCUGCAAAGGCUUCUGCAUCGACAUCCUCAGGAAGCUCUCCACCACGGUCAGGUUCACCUACGACCUUUACCUGGUGGUAAACGGGAAGCAUGGAAAGAAGAUACAGGGCGUGUGGAAUGGCAUGGUUGGAGAGGUGGAGCAAAAGAGAGCGCACAUGGCGGUUGGCUCACUCACUAUCAACGAGGAACGCUCGCAGGUGGUUGACUUCUCUGUGCCUUUCGUGGAGACCGGGAUAAGCGUGAUGGUGUCCAGGAGCAACGGGACGGUGUCACCCUCUGCAUUCCUCGAGCCCUUCAGUGCUGCCGUCUGGGUGAUGAUGUUUAUCCUCUGCCUCAUGCUGUCCGCCAUCGCCGUGUGGCUCUUCGAAUACCUGAGCCCAGUGGGGUUCAACAGAAACCUGGCGAGUGGGAAAGAAACGGGUGGGCCGACCUUCACCAUCGCCAAAUCCAUUUGGCUGCUGUGGGCCCUCGUCUUCAACAACUCCGUGCCAGUGGAAAACCCACGUGGCACCACCAGCAAAUUCAUGGUGUCCGUCUGGGCCUUCUUUGCCGUCAUAUUCCUGGCCAGCUACACGGCCAACCUGGCCGCCUUCAUGAUCCAGGAGGAGUACGUGGAGCAAGUGUCCGGCCUCAGCGACAACAAGUUUCAGAAGCCGGAUCAGCAGUCACAGACAUUUCGCUUUGGCACGGUGCCCAAUGGCAGCACGGAGCGCAACAUCCGAAACAACUACCCCGAGAUGCAUGCGUAUAUGUCCCGCUACAACCAGAAGAACGUGGCCGAGGCCUUGCGAAGCCUUAAGAAAGGCAAGCUGGACGCGUUCAUCUACGACGCCGCGGUGCUCAACUACAUGGCGGCCAAGGACGAGGGGUGCAAGCUGGUGACCAUUGGCAGCGGCAAGGUGUUCGCCACCACGGGCUACGGCAUCGCGCUGCAGAAGAGCUCCAAGUGGAAGCGGUCCAUUGACCUGGCCCUGCUGCAGUUCUUUGGCGACGGGGAGAUGGACGAACUGGGUAAGAACUGGCUCUCCGGGGUUUGUCUCUACGACAAGAACGAGGUGAUGAGCAGCAAGCUGGACAUCGACAAUAUGGCCGGCGUAUUCUUCAUGCUGUUGGUGGCGAUGUGCCUCAGCUUCCUCGUCUUCCUUAGUGAGAACUUCUUUUACCGCUUUGGGCGCCACUGGACCAAGCCAGAGCCAGCCAAGAAGCCCGGGCUGCUGUUCAUCGUCAGCAGGGCCAUUUACAGCUGCGUACAUGGAAUCAAGAUUACCAAGGACAAGGACGACUUCCACAGGAUGGCCAAAAAUGCCUACAAGAAAAACUCAAGCAUCAUGGGCCUCCUGACGGUGGCCAGGAACAUGGCGAGCCUCACGCAGGUGAAUGGGCCUGACGCGGCUGCCACUCGUGUCAACAGGGCGGGCCAGCCGGCCUGUUCAGUGGCUGCCGACAAAUCGGCCGCGGAGCACCCGACAGGGCGAGCCGCACUCAACAACAGCGACCAGUGGAACCGCUGCGCCGCGGCCGCUGCAGAAGUGCAGCUCGCGCGCGAUCCGGCCUACCAGGAGGACUACGUGAGCGAGGCCGAGAUGUCGUACCCUUACCUCAAAAACAACCAGCGCUUCAUGGAAGCCAACGUUGCAGCUCCUGCCGCCACUGGCAGCUACACCCCACGGGACCACAGCCCGGCGCAGAUCUCAACCAACUUGCAUCACUUUGGCGCGCACCCAGAUGUCCACCGGCCCGUCGCCAAGUCGCGGGAAAUGCUGUCUGCCUCGCCUUGCUUGGAUUUCAAAAGCAGCCAGCGGGACGUCGGGGAAUCUUUCAUUCCGAUGUGUGAAAUUCCUCAAACUCGGCUUGAGAUUCCAGCGUUGACUUACAACACUGACGUUGAGAGCAUUCACGGGAACAACACCGACAUCGACGACAUCAGCGAAUGCAACAGCCAGUACCACUCUGGAAAGCGCAGCGGCAGACCAAAGAGCACACCGUAUGGAAAACUCGCAAGAGACUACAAAGAUGUGGGAAGGAUUCCCAGUCGGGGUUCAAGCCAAGACAAAGAGAUCUAUGGCAAAGCCACUCUCAACACACUUUCACGUGCGAUGCCCGAAGACUGGAACAAUCAGGCGAGGCCGUCUUUCUGCAGCGAGAUCGUGUAUAGGUCUGACAUGCUGGAGCCUGGCAUACAGAUCAAGAGAAGCAGCAGCAUCCCUGAUCACGGGGCGACUGCACAGACAACCUCUGCCGCCGUUCCCUCACACCACACGCCAGAGAAGGAGUGCAGCAUCUGCAAGGUAAAAUAUCAAGAGCCGCCAUCUAGCGCAAGGGCUGAGUGCUACAGACAUUGCCCAUCGCGCCUGGAUGAAUGCACGGGUUCCUGCCUGAACCAGUGCUGCCCGGGCUGUGCCUGUGGCAGUGGCGCUGGGAAAACAGAUGGCGAGCAAACAAGUGUGACAUUGGGGCGAAGUGCGCUGGAGCGGCACGCCUCUUGCGUGCACGCGGACGAGGAGUGCUGCUAUGGAGUCACUCUGCCUCCCCCGUGCAUCACUCCCAACCCCGAGCUGCGCUGUAGACAGGAUGAUAGAUGUUGCAUCAACCAAGCAAUCGGUUCCAAUUACUCCACAGCUAGCAAGAGUGAUUUUUGUGCUAUCAAGUCAGACCCCGGAGGAAGCGUCGACUCCUUGCGAGGCUUUAAAGUCAAACCGCACCGUAGGCUUGAGAACGAACUCAAUGUUUUCGGCUCCCUCAAAACGCCGUACGCAUCGGACUUGCACACGCAAGCGUUCUCCGAUACGGAGAUGUUGUACGAAAAUAUCAACGUGCCAGACAUCAGGAGGCACAGACAGCCCGCAUUGGGCAGGCCGCUAAACUCGGGGGGUAAGUUGAGCAACGGUCCCGUGAAUGUGAAAGGGCCGGGGCGGGCAAGUAAAUCUCCUCACAGCCACACCCCAAACAUGAGGCAUGCGGGCUGCAAACAUAGUAUGGAGUCCGAGGUCUGAGGUGAACUACGGUUUUUAUCACAAUCCUCUUCAAGAUUACAUUUUCACUCGUGUACAAAAAAAAAACUCCUUCUUCAAAGAUGCUGUUAAUUGCUUUGUUCGUGUAUUUAUAUACUGAGUAGUUAAACACAAAAUAAUAGCUGAUACCUAAUUUACUUAAACGUAAGAUCGUAGUACUUGUGGUCCAGCUCCGGGGGUGGACUGCUCACACACGUCCCAUGCCAACGAAAGGAGGCCCCAGUGAAGUUAAAGUAGAUUCUACUUUAAAGCAAACUAUUGUUUACAAUGGGAAUGUGAGCAAAUAUGAGGGUGUGGGGAUUAGGGGUGACUUGUAGGAUAUUGCACGUAGCUUCUACAAAUAACCGAAUCACCUGCCCACCUUCCACACAUGUACGAGUGCAAACGGCUUCGGAAAGACAGCUUUGAGCAAUAACUGCCAUGCAAUCCGCUUUUGUAGGGUUUACUUUCAUAAUUGGCUGACGAAGUCUCGGAGCGUUAGGGACCUACUGUGAAGAACAACAAUUGUGGCCGCAAUUGCAAAUCUGUACCCACGAGCCCUGUUAACUCACACUUGAGGCAGACUCUCCCUCUCACGGGGGGGUGAGGGUGUGUUUACAUCAAUGAUGUUAUUGAUCCAUAUUGCUCCUUCCUACAUAUAAUUCAAUUGUGGAACAAAUUGUACAUUCGAAAAUUAUUCACGUGUGCUCCUGAAACAAAAUAAAGGCACAGUGUUAAUAAUUUUGAAGUGCUCCAUGACGGACAAGCGCAUACUAAUUGAUCUGCCAGAAAAAAACCCGGUCAGUUUCAAAGCAGUCACAAUACAACACUGUGCGAGACUCAUCUAAUUACAAGCUUAUCUUUCUCAAUUUAAAAUGGGAAUCUUGACAGCGGUAGUAUACCAUCUUGGUGUGACAUUCAAAAUAACGUGAAACAGUAGACGAUUGUCCGGUUAAAAUUUGCAAUGUUAUUUUUGCACCGGUAAAAAUGUAUAUUGUAAAAUGUCGCGUGUUGCCAUUUUGUCAUGUAAGGUAAAUGAUGUUAAUUAGGAAUUGCUGGAGAUAUCUCAUUACUACCUUGUGUUUUUAUAACAGGUCUUUAUAUACACAUGAAUGUGUGUUUCUGUACACAAUACAUACAUGUAAAACCAGUCUUUUUGUUUACUGUCAAAAAUGUAACAAAAAGUUUACAUCUUAAUUUACCUAAAAUAUUACUGUAAUCGAUGUAACCCAAAGUCAUUACCGGUUACAUAGUAGCCAGUAACAGAGGACUAAUCCCUGGGAUCGAAUGCCUUGGAUGAAUAUAUCACCUAUUAGCAUAGUCAACCCUUAAUUUAUUGUGUGCUUAUUAUUCCAUGUUUAAGGAUGUGUAAUAAUUUUUUUUUUCAGAAAUGUAACGGCAUUGUUACCAAUCUCCAAAAAGCCGGAUAUAUCUAAUACAAUGAAUGAUUAUUUUCAGGACAUUAGAUGAUCAUUUCCACCGCCAAAAAUAGACCCGAGGUCUCUGUGACACAUCAGUCAUGCUCUGGUAAUGUGAACAUGAAGCUUAGUCAAUUAUGUGCGAUUGUUUGGGCUUACAAUAUAUGAACUCACCUGGCGGCAGUAGUAUUUAAAUGUAAUGACCAAAUCUCGGUUGUUUUGUAUAAUAUACCGUGGUAAUUAUCUUUAUAUAUUGUACUAGAAGGGUAUUUUUUAUUAGUAUAUUCGUUAUUAUUUUGCUCUGCAUGAAUCAGAUUAAAAAAUUACCCCGAUUACUUAAAGAACAAAACAAAAUGAAACCAGGCCAAAUUUGUGUAAACUAUGCGCUCCACAUGCUUUUCCUCCUACAAAAAACCCCACAUUGAGCAUCACACAUCUGCGUUGACAUCGGGUAGAUAAACGCGGGGCGGGCGGCUACAUGGUGACACUAGCGCUAAUGGUUGAUAAACCCAUUCUCUUCGGCCCCAUUCUCACCAACGGCACAGAGAACUCCAAUACUCAUUUGAGAAGACCCAGCAACAGCCUGCCACCACUCUCCAGGCCCAGCAGGGAAAUCGUAGGAACUACGUGAAUGUUGCCGGAGGAGAGGAUGAUGUACAGUUUAUAUAAAGUAUAUAUAAUUGCAAUCUAAUCACAAACAGCUAUGUAGAAUGGAAACACAAGCAUGCAAAUGGCUUUCUUAAAAACAUCUUAAUAUAAUGGUGUUAGGUUCUAAAAGUUGUACAGUACUGUAAUUGUAUAUUAAGCAACAACUGUGUAUCUGCGAUAUCUAGAAAUGCGUGCCAUUGCUAGUAAACUACUAUAGCUAGGAUAUGAAUUUCACUAAAGCUUAUUGCAAUUCAUGACAGUGCAUUCAUGUGUUAUGUACGGAUGCAGCUGUUUAAUUCACGAUGUUUCUGGAAAGUAUCACCACUUUAUGAACCCAACCAGUAAACUCUUAAAGCACCAUACAUGGCAGAAAUUUGCAUUUUUACACAGAUAUGGUCUCCGAUUAACAUCAAUUAUAGAAAAAGAUAAGGUUUUUUUUUUUAAACGUGCACACACUUGGUGUUUUUGGGGCGGAAAUAAUAUGAACGCAGUACAAGGAUGUUGAAUUUAUUCCUUUUGUAAACUUGUUUCAGUUUCUGAAACAAGUUUAUUGUGGUAGCCACAGGCAAUGCAUUAUAAUUAGAGAAGGCCCAACGCAAUGAGGAACUGCUAUUUUUUGAAGACGAUUAAACUGCACAUUGUAUCCGUUUAAUCCAGGUCCAGUAUUUUUUGGGGAUUAUAUAUAUAAACAUUUUAGGUGGAUCCUACAACUCAAGUGAGGUUCAGAAUAGCCCAGUUCCCACAAAAUUGCUCGCUCUGCUUUCACCGGAUUUUAUAAUGCCGGCUGUCAUCACGGAAACUGUUUAGCCACCACCUUUGAAAGGCAAAAAUAUUGCCAAGCUAUGUUAAAUCCUAACGACCACAUAUUAUUAUGGUAGCCAAUCAUCGUGGGUUAAGUGCACCGUGAUAAUCCUACACUCACUCAAUGGUCCCACUUACAAGUUGUAAAUACAAUUCGAGACACUGCUUUGGCAGCGAUGUACAAUUACAGGACACAAAAAAACAUCUCGCCACAUCCAUUAACACUGACCUCUAAAAAGAGGCAACCAUUACCCGGGCGAACGUUUGGAGCAUUCUCCCCUCUCCUUCCCUCAGCCCAGAUAAAAGGAAGGCGGCCUGCUGCCCUAAACGUCAGCCUGCUGCUGCUGCUGCUUCUCUCUCUGUGUGUCGUGAAGCAGCGAGAGUUUCACACGACUGGCGUGAUGGGUUGAGGCUCGCCCUUUAAACGGUGUGUUGGGUUUAUUUUUUGGCCUAAACUGGGAGCACUUGUUUAUCGAUGCGUUUGUACUGAGCAAUGUGAACUUUCAUUUGACUUUAACUUGAAACUAUGUAUAUUUAUUUAAACAUCGGGUAAAAUUAAAGAAAAAAUAUGAAAAGGAAAACUAUAAUUUGAAGGGAAAAUACAAUUAGUGAGUUACCACGUGGCUACGUGGCACUCAGAUGAUUUGUAGAGAAACAAUGACGGUGAGGAGCUAUCCCCUAACUGUACUGCCCACAACGUCCCAUUGUCCGUGGGGACCAGGCUAUGGUUUUCCACAUACUCGCUUUUGUUUUCCAUCGUAUUCCAAAUCAAAGAGAGUUCACCGAGAUUUAGCAGUGUACAAUUCACGUGUUGUGGUUGUUUGCAUCACGAGGAUGGUGUGCGUCAUCUCGGCUGACGCAACCGUAUAUAUAAAGGAGAUGAGCACAAACGCGUCUGGUUGUUGUCUGCAACGUCGUGGGAAUGUUUCUGGUUGCACAGGCGAUUGUGGCUGCAGGCCAUGCGCACAACGUUGCGUGAAGUCUUCUGCACAGUACCGAAUGGGCCAUCACCUUGGAGCCACGGGUUGGUUGACCGCACAUAAUUGUGGAACUCGCAAACCUGCUUGGGUGACGUGAUGGUCAGCAGAUGCGUUCUCUAUGAGUGUAAGACCUUCGAAUGCGAAGGUUUUCUCUGGGUUUGUGGGUUUUCUACCACAAGCAAAACACUCCGUGGAAUUGGCCAAGGAUUCCAGCGUAGGAUCCUCAGUGAUGCUCUCUGCUUUCCUGGUUAAAUAAACGAUAUCGACUAUGGAAUACAUUGUCAUCAUCCAUGGCCUAUCCACUGCUAUAGGAAGGUCGUCACCAUCCCUUAACGUUCAGGCGAUGCCACAAUCCAUCUCACACCUGCACCUCACCUGAUCUCGUCACUUCAUCUCCGCAGUGGAUGUCCUCUCGGGCACACUACUUUGACUGCCAUUCCAUCACCAGUCUCGUCCUUUUAGCAGUCACCCCCUUAUUUGUCUUGCCCAAACCAACAAUACUGUACUUAAUCGCCAAGAUGUCUCUAAUGUAUACGUGUUCCCUGAUCCAUGUACUGUUUUUUUUCUAUUUCAAUUUAUCUGUGUAAUUGCCAGUAUGUGACUCUCCAUGAAACUUUGUGCACGUUUUAAGCCUUUUGCUCCAUUAUCUUUACCAGUGUGUAUUAUGUUUUUGACCCAUACAUCAAAGGAUCAUAGCAAAUAAUACGCACUGGUUGAAAACUGUCUCAUUUACCAAAUUAAGUUUUUAAAAACGUUCCAACAUUUUGAUCCGAAACCACCCUCGAUUGUGGCCUCAGGUAAACAUAUACUGUCGUAUUUGCCAGGUAACUUUCCUUCAACAAUUUUUGUUUUGUUAGGAAUAAGUUGAUGCCUGUAUCAGUUUCCACUGAAUAAAAACAAAAGCCCUUUUAUAGUCUACAAGAGCCAGGAAUAGAGGUAUGUUUUUCUUUCUCAAAUCUGACUGAUUGUAUGUAUGUGGUCCACAGAAAAAACAGUAUUUAAAACCAGUCGGUUCACAUGGUUGGACUCAAAAUGUUUCAUUAUUCAUUUACAUAAGGCCUCUGUGAACAAUGUAUAUAAUGCGAUUCGAGAGGUAUUGGUUUGUAAUCCUUCACAUCGGGGUUGUCUUCCUUAAUGGAAGGAUGAGUGGAUGGUUGAGGUCAAACCUAAGGUAUUUAAUUUCUGCGUAGUAAUUUAGUAGACCUGCGAAUGUUGUUACACAUCUGGUCCUACCUCUAUAAAUUAUGAUGCUUACAGGUAAUCCAUCCAGGCCGGUAGCAUUCCUGGAUUUCAAAAUGCAGAGUGCAGCAGAUGUGUGACAUCUGAAAUUUCCAAUUUCCUCAUAAUAAGAUUGAUUUGUUGAGCCAUAUGAUUAUUUUUGCUUCUGAGAUCUGCAAGCAUUCCUCUGCUAGUUUAAUGAUUGUCUACCAUGCAUCAUGGUUCCAUCUUGUUCUUUAAGGGGUACUAUUUGUGAUUUACCAAUCAUCAACUUUCUUUUUGCCACUUUCAUGCUCCCAUCUUGACAGCCUCUUCAGUCACUAUUUGUUGUGUUCUCUGACAUAUCUCCUCAUUCUGUUUCAAAUGCUUUAACGAGGUGCUGUGUAUCUUUGAUCUGGUUUCGUAUUUUCAAUCCCUCUUAAUAUCAUUCAUUUUAUUCAUGGUGCUUUUUGGCAGUUGAAUAAGCUGAUGAACAGCCUAAACAGGAUGGCAAACAAUUUUGGAUCAUAUAUGUCGAGAAAAAUAAAGUAAUAACAUUCACAUGAUAAAGUGGCAGUAAGUUAAAUAUCGAAGUGGACUUCAAAUGGCGAGCACAGCAGAAGCGGUUCAGGCAUCUUGGGAGGUAUUUUGACAAAAUUUAGCAGAUGCUCAAAGUUGGUUCGAACUAGAAUUGCAAUGGGAAAGCACAUUCAGCAAAAAACAAGGUGCUGCUGACAAGACAUGUGUAGGGAUUAAAGAUGAUGCUCAUAAAGAUCCCAGGGUGGGGUGUUCCUUUUCAUUUGGCAGAGAUGUGGACACUGAUAAAGGGAGACAACAGAAAGCUGACCAUUUUUGAGAUUUGCACGGUGUCCAUUCGUGAAAAUAACAGACAGACUACAAUAAAUUGCUCGAAUGGGUUGACGAGGAGAGAUGCCUGGAACGAUUCAGAGCAGGCAAAAGUCUGGAUUUGGCAUAUUACCGGAGUGAAAGGGAUGCUGUUGGAAGCUCUAGGAAGAUGCAUAUUAUGACUUGCAGAAUGGAAGGCUGCAUGACGAAAGAAGAGCAAGCUCAAGGUUGGAGAGCAUGGAAGAAACUUGAGCUAAGAACCUGCCCUGAGGCAGAGAACAUGAAGAACAUUUGGGGACAUUUCCUCGACCACAACUCCAGGUCCCACUCUCAUACUCCCACUCAUGUCCCACCACUCACAAGUUGCAGAGUUGGUUAACCCCCCCCACCUUGUUAAACAGUGGCUCGUGCGCUUCGACUGAGUAGUGAUUGGAGGGCACAAGCGUAAGGAAAAAGUGACAAUCAUUGCAGUCAUCAUCUUUUUCAGGCAAUUCUGUCAUUUUAUUGGCAGGUGUGGUUCCAGAUGUGUUGUAUCGUUCGUCAAGCUGCCCAAACUCAGAGUUAUCAUGCCCCACUGCAACCCGCGCGUCCGUAGUCACAUGCCCGAUUAGCAUUUAAAUGAGCGUGCACAUAUUUGGAAGUUGAUUAAAAAAAGAUUGUGGUAGUUAUUUUUAGAUGCAUCUUAUAUGAAAUUGGCUGUAAAGUUUUAUUUGCGAUGUAACAAAUCAAGCAGUUAAGAGUCUCUACACAUGGGGCUGCUUAUCUCCUGAGUUGUUAAUAACAGUCUUUAUAGUCACGUCACAGUAAUGUUCUUGGAGCUUUGUUGACAGAAAGCCUGUGGUUUGUUGAUUGCUUUGUGGCAAAAGCAAGAACAUUAAUUUAUUCUAAAUAUGUUUUUUUGUAUUAAAAUUUUCCUCAUUAAAGGGAAGACGACCAACACAACAAAAUAAGUGGACAUUAUUACUGUGAUGAAAUGUCAACACACGAUAUCUAUUCAUGAAAAAAAUGUAAUCACUUUAUGUAAAACACAAAAUUGCUUUAUACCUGAAAUCCACGCUCUUUCAUGGAAUUGAAUGCAGGCAGCAAUCAUGACAAUGCUUAAGCCCACAGUUCUUUAAGCGAUAACGUUAUGUACAUGCUCCUUGACAAUCUCAUCAGAGUGUAUGGCUUCUGCAUGAAGCUGCGAAAAUAGUAAUUACUCGUGAGUGUUUCAUAAUUUGCACGGGUGUCUUGCUUUGCAAGCGUAGGAUGUGAAAAUCGCAGGACGCUUACAUUUAAAACUUGGGGGAAACAUUUUGCCUUCAUGAACACCGCUGAGGAUGCCCCCCUCCCCGCGCCCCCCACCAUACAUCUGUAGUGAUACACUCAGAGACACUAGGAAUAAGAGGCACUCUAUUUAUUAUAGCCUUCACAGGGUACAAGGGGUAACUACACUUCAGUCAGGAUAGCUAACAGACUGCCUGACGGACAACGCCGAGAAGGUGAAGACGGUGACGAAGUCUCCAGUAGCCGGACGGGAUUCCACUCCAAACAACAUCCCCAAACCUUCGCUUGGGGUCCCCUUUUAUCCUCCUGGCGUGGCCUCGCUCCGUCCUCAGCUACGCCCCCCUUCUGGAACCUACUAGUGAGUUCCCGGGCUUACCUCACGUGCCUCCUCUAUCACCUUUGCCCUUCAUCCCCAUCUCUGCUUAUCACGUGACCUGCUGACAGACGGGGCUGCUGCAACCGCAGAUCCCUUUCCCUGUUAGCAACCCGCGUGAUGCUCCAUAGUGACCCAUCCUAUGUCACUACACAUCACUCAGCCGAGCGAGCUCUUAACGAGCUCAAGAUUGCCUGGCCGCUCAGGUUUCCACCGAAGAAAGUCCAGCUUCCUCAAUCAUCACAUUCAUAACUGUUCCAUGUUUCAAGAUGCGCAGCUUAGAGAUGAUAGAUAAUAAAAUAUCCUGCAUUAGGCUUUUGAGCAGUCCUAUACUUCAAAUGAAAGUGCUUUCCAAACACAAUUUGGUGCUCCACUCAUUUAAUUCAGUGCCAAAGCAAUGCAACUUUUAUCCAAGUUGCUUCAGCAGUUGAGGUUUGCCACUGCAAACAGAAAAGAGCAGAUUCACCCCUAAAUUGCAGUCUGUUUGCCUCCAGGAACAAAGUGUGCAGCUCUCACAUCUUCUGCCCCCAGGGUUUGAAAAUCCCCCCCCACCCCAGCAGCCAUCCGUGCUCUCAACUCUCUGUUCAAGCCCAGGCUCAAGACCGUUCUUCUACGAAAUAUAACAUGUCCAUCGUCCCUGUAUAGCGGCUUUCCAUGCAAUCACAUUUUGCCUCCAGAUAAACUCAGAUAACAGUGUCUGGCCAAGCCCAGCUUACGCACAGAUGUCCACUGCUUCGAUGCGUCGGCUCCCACCAUACAUGGCACUUGCACCACGCUGCAACUAGAGCACACUAUGUAUGGUGGUACUCUGUACAUGACUUUAAAUUUCUUUGCAUUGCAAAUUAACGAAGCGUCAAAGCCUUUACCAGAUAGCCUGGGACAUGAAGCCUAUUUAUGUAGCGACGCGCUAUGUUCCGUUUGUGUUUUGGGUUGUGUCUUCCCUUAGGUAGUGUGGCACAAAGACAAUAUGGCCUGAGGCACAUGCUGUACCAUGGAAAAAAAACUACUUCCAGUUUGUGACUGGGUGAUGUGAGUUUAUUACAGAUGUCACCUACUGAAUGCUCUUCUUCAGAAGUGUAAUAUGCCUCAAACAUUUACUAAGGACAAAGCACCGGUCGUGCCACUUCAUCCUCAAUCCCGCUUUUUGUUCGGUGUUUGCUGCACUGGGAUACGUGGCAUUGAAUAAAUGGAUCAAGGUAAUUGCAUGGGGCAUUACAUACAUGGCCUCUAGUACAUUUUCUCUCCCUUGAUUAAAGUAAUCUGAAAGUAUCAGAAGACAAUUAAACAUUUUUUUCAGUCGUGUCUGCUUAAUGUAUUUGUCAACUUUGCGGAAUAGAGUUGGAUUGGGCCACAAGACAAGUGGAAUAUUCCCUGUUUCUGGCUGAAUGAAGUUGAGAUUCAAAUAUGUGGGAGCCGAACUCGUCGGAGUGUAACUUUGUCCGGUGGCCUAGACUACCCCCACGUAACGAUGAGCAUGUAUUUCAUCAGUUUAGCUUAACGGUGACAAGUUAAUUAUCAACUAACAAGUUGCUCAUCCAACAGAAAUCCUUUUACAUUGCGAUGUUGCCGAUAACAUGUUGAAAUUCAUCACGAGGCUCUAGUGAUAGAUACAAAAUUGAAAACUCCCAUCCAUUCCAUUUCCAGAAUGUAACACGAUACCCCCCAUUGCCAGCCUGUAGUGCGCUGACUGGAUUAAUUUCAUUUAGCCGAGCUCCCCUCUUUGUAAUCGAGCUGUUGAAAUUGAUAAGGAUAAGUGUAAUGCUAUGAAUCCUUUUUUCUUUCUUUCUAUAUAAAAUAUAAUUCUAAAAUUACUUUUCUUAUCUACAAAAAUGUGGAAUAGAUAUUUUUUUGUUUACAAUGCCACUCGUCUAAUUUUUUUGUAUCCCCAAAAACUCAGCCAGGAUUGACAACAUGAAUUGAGGGCCUAUUUCUUUUCCGGGGUUAAAAUUCUCAUCAAAAUGGAUUGGAAAUGUAGACUUAAGGAAACUUCUUAGAGCUAUUUACGGGGUUUAUUCCAGUGGCAAAAUGUCAAGUGAGAGAAAAAAGAAUACGGCUUUAUUGCCAAUUUUGUUUACCACUGAUGUCUGCGGGGAAGAGCACUUGUACCAUGUGAUUGCAGCCAUCGCUGCAGGAGAAAACAGGGUGUUGAACUUAUGGGAAGAGCGGCUGCCCAGAUCUCUCUUUCUCUCGUUCUUUGGGACAGCCACGGAAAACGUCCCAGUGGCCGGUAGAGAUGCGGCGUCAAUGGCCACGUGAGCACUUCGUGUAGACAACGGCGAUCUCCUGUCACCCGCGUCGUAGUCACCUUGAUUUGGUCAUUGCUAGUAGCGAACGUUGUAAUUUAUACGUUUGUGGAUGUUACAGCUGUGCAGUAUAAAAUAGUGGCUUUCGAAUUAAUUAUUUUUUAUUCAUUCAAAUCGUUGAUAUGAAAACGUUGACAUUUAAACAAUUAAUUGUCAGAACUAAGAAAAAUACAAAAUUGUUCGGGAUUUAGAGGACGUGAUUUAUAUAUGAAUGCACUCAUGAAUGAACUGACUUCAAUGAACCUUGAAUUCUAAGGCACUGUUAAUGGCAGUAUUAAAGUAUUUUCAGCCUAGCGAUCAAAAGUACUUGAUUGAUGACAAUCCUACUUUUGCUUGACACAGCCCGUCUGUCCCCCACUUUACCCGAGGGUACAAUCCUUUAUCUCCCUGCGUCGAGUCACCCUCGUUUUCACUGUCCCCCAAAGGUCGUGACUUUGUACAAACAGGGGAGGUCACACGAUUAUAAAGUGUGCCACGGAGGUUGUGUUAGUGUGUGAGCUAACCAGUUUUGUUUUGUUUUUUAUUUAAUAGAUCCAACUAGUUUUAAAGUUGACGCUUUUUUAUUAGUAAUGUCACCGGUUCAAGGUAUAUGCAUCCGUAACUGUGUUUUGGAGGUUGCACUUUGAGACCUGUGUUGUGAAUUGCACAUUAUAAAUAAAGAUGAUGGUUAUGAUGA